UUUUUAAUCAUCAUAAAACGGUAUCUUAUUUGAGAAUUCAAUUUAAAAUUUAAAAAAAUAUCGUCUGGUUUUAUUUUCUCGAAGAAAAUGUCCAAAGCUAAAGAAAUAUUAGAAGAAUGUUUACCCAUAAUAUCGAAAUCGAUAAAAAAUAUAGUGCUUUUUAGCCCAAAUAGCGAAUUUCGCAAAAGCUGCUACGAGCUUUUAAAGGUAGAUAACAUAACUUGGUUUGAAUCAAAUAUCAAAGAAAUUUUGCAAAAGACUACCGAAAGUUUGUAUAGAGUUCAACUAGAAUUUCCCAAUAACAAUCUAAUAUCUUUAAGUAACGCGAGCCAAAGAGAAGAUGAUUUCAAUUAUUUGUCAAAAUUUGCUAAAGAAGAUAAGAUAAGACUUUCUUCGAAAAAUAUAAAUAUCGAGGUCGAAACCAACGAUGUCGCUUGUGAUAUUAGUGACGCACAACGAGAAAAUAUACAUGAAAAUCACGCAACGAUGAAUCAUACUCAUGAUUCAGAGAUCCAAGAUUGGGAAAGAGCAAUUAUAAUGAAUUCGUUAAAUUCUAAUUGUUCAUAUUCUAAUAUAUAAUUUAUUUUUAUAUUUUUUCCAUUCCACAAGUUUCUCGUUCGUAUUUGCAAUUGUAAACAAAAUUUUAGUUUUUUUUUUGAUUUUCAUAUUUUAAAAAAUCUUAAAUUUCUGGCAAAGAAUUUUCUUAUUAUUUUGCGAGAGAAAAA